AUGUGGCAUGACAAUGUUAUACCAUCUGGACCAGCUGCGACCUGCAUCAUCCACCAGUCAUCACAGCCCUCCGGCAGUCAUCACAGCCCUCCGGCAGUCAUCACAGCCCUCCAGGAGUCAUCACAGCCCUCCGGCAGUCAUCACAGCCCUCCGGCAGUCAUCACAGCCCUCCAGGAGUCAUCACAGCCCUCCGGCAGUCAUCACAGCCCCCCGGCAGUCAUCACAGCCCUCCGGCAGUCAUCACAGCCCUCCGGCAGUCAUCACAGCUCUCCACCAGUCAUCACAGCCCUCCGGCAGUCAUCACAGCCCUCCGGCAGUCAUCACAGCCCUCCGGCAGUCAUCACAGCCCUCCGGCAGUCAUCACAACCCUCCACCAGUCAUCACAGCCCUCCGGCAGUCAUCACAGCCCUCCGGCAGUCAUCACAGCCCUCCGGCAGUCAUCACAGCCCUCCGGCAGUCAUCACAGCCCUCCGGCAGUCAUCACAACCCUCCACCAGUCAUCACAACCCUUAA